ACGACCUUGCUGCACACGGCACCACGAGAGGAAAACGAUCGUCCGGAACCCCAAAAAAGCCGAAAUUGGACCCUCUUAUCAACAAAGUCUGCCGUAAUAAGCUGAACGGACAAGAUUGUGAACAGUAACCGUGCCGGCAAACAAAAGGAGUGAAGCAGAAUCAUGGCAUCCACGGUCGGUCAGGUGAUUAAAUGCAAGGCAGCCGUUGCCUGGGAACCGAAGCAACCGCUUUCGAUCGAAACGAUCGAAGUGGCUCCACCGAAGGCCGGAGAGGUACGGCUGAAGGUGACGGCCUCUGGAGUGUGCCAUACCGACGCCUACACACUCGGUGGCUUCGAUUCGGAGGGUGUGUUCCCGGUUAUUCUCGGCCACGAAGGUGCCGGCAUUGUCGAGAGUGUCGGUGAAGGUGUAACCAAGUUCCAGCCGGGUGAUCACGUCAUUCCGCUCUACAUUCCGCAAUGUUACGAGUGCCGCUUCUGCAAGAGCCCGAAAACGAACCUAUGCCCGAAGGUGCGCGCUACCCAGGGCAAGGGUCUCAUGCCGGACGGUACAAGCCGGUUCACGUGCAACGGAAAGCAGGUGUUCCACUUCAUGGGCACUUCGACAUUUUCGGAGUACACGGUCGUGGCCGAGGUAUCGUUGGCCAAGAUCGAUCCGAGUGCUCCGUUGGAGAAGGUGUGCCUGUUGGGAUGUGGCAUUCCGACGGGUUACGGUGCAGCGCUGAACACGGCCAACGUUGAACCGGGCACGUCCUGUGCCGUUUGGGGUCUCGGUGCCGUCGGAUUGGCGGUGGUGAUGGGCUGUAAGGCGGCCGGUGCUACCCGCAUCAUUGGUGUGGACAUUAAUCCGGAAAAGUUCGAGAUUGGCAAGCAGUUUGGCUGCACGGAGGUCAUCAAUCCGAACGAUUUCAAGGAACCGAUCCAGCAGGUCCUGAUCGAGAAGACGGACGGUGGGUUGGAUUAUACAUUCGAGUGCGUUGGCAACGUGAACACCAUGCGAGCUGCCCUGGAAUCGUGCACCCGUGGCUGGGGAGUGUCCGUGGUGGUGGGUGUGGCGGAAUCGGGCAAAGAAAUCUCGACCCGGCCCUUCCAACUCGUAACGGGACGCACCUGGAAGGGUACGGCUUUCGGUGGGUGGAAGAGCGUGGACAGCGUACCGAAGCUGGUGGAUCAGUAUCUGAAGAAGGAGCUCAAGGUGGACGAAUUCAUUACGCACACGAUGCCCGUGGAGAAGAUCAACGAUGCAUUUACACUGAUGCACGAGGGUAAGAGCAUUCGCUCCAUCGUUACACUGUAAUCAUGCGCGUACGGAUAUGAUCCUCGCUAGAUGGAGUAAUUUGUCGAACAAAUGACCACUCAGGGAACUAAGGUUUUUGGGGGGAAAUAAUAAAAUUGGAAUAAUUUUGUAUCUUUAA